CACCUCCCACCACCACCACAACUCCUAAUUCUGACCUCUGUACUCGUCCCAACUCCCUGGUUCAACUCAGUAGCAGUAGCACUAGUGGUGGUGGUAAAUGGCUUUGUUGAGCCCGCGGUUGCAGAGGUUCCUCUUAACCAAAUACCAUGGAGACUCAUUGAAGACCACAGCCAACAAAAGCAGCCUUGUUAAUAUAAAAGCAAGAAGCCGAAGCUGCUCGGCCAUUGCCAUAGACGCGCCUGGCUCUUCAUUGACGGAUGUGGCGGGAAUUCGAUGGGGUUCGACCAGUUUGCAGGGUGCCCGAGAAGAGAUGGAAGACGGUGUCGUUGUGCGGUCCGAUGGCCUUGAUGGGUUUUCAUUUGCCGCCGUUUUUGAUGGCCAUGCCGGGUUCAACUCGGUCAAGUUCCUCAGGGAUGAGCUCUACAAAGAAUGUUGUGCGGCUUUGCAGGGUGGGCUGCUAUUGCGUGGAAAUGAUUUCAAGACCAUUAGAGAGGCAUUACAGGAGACUUUCGAAAAAGUGGAUGCAAAAUUGUUAAAUUGGCUUGAAAGGAAUGGAGAGGAAGAUGAGUCUGGCUCAACAGCUACCGUUAUGUUCGUUGAAAAUGAUACGCUGGUCAUUUCACAUGUUGGUGACUCUUGCGUGGUUCAAUCUUGUUCUGGAAAAGCAGAGGUACUGACCCAUCCUCAUAGACCAUAUGGAAGCAACAAGGUCUCUCUUCAAGAAAUCAAAAGAAUCAGAGAAGCAGGUGGAUGGAUCGUCAAUGGAAGAAUCUGUGGAGACAUUGCUGUAUCACGUGCUUUUGGUGACAUGCGGUUCAAGACAAAGAAAAACGAGAUGCUGAAGAAAGGAGUUGAAGAAAGGAGAUGGACAGAAAAAUUUGCUUCUCGUAUACAAUUCAGCGGAGACCUUGUUACUGCAUCUCCAGACAUUUUUCAAGUGACUUUUGGGAAAGAUUCUGAAUUUGUACUGUUAGCAUCUGAUGGCUUAUGGGACUACAUAAACAGCUCAGAUGCAGUGGCUUUUGUAAGGAAUCAGCUUCGACAACAUGGAGAUGUUCAGCUAGCUUGUGAUGCGCUUGCUCAAGCUGCUUUGGAUCAACGCUCGCAAGAUAAUAUCAGCAUUGUAAUUGCCGAUUUGGGCCGGACAGACUGGCAAGGUUUGCCAUUUCAACAACAAAAUUUCGCAUAUGAAUUGGGGCAAGCUUUUGCUACAAUUGGGAUUGUGUCGCUUGGAAUUUGGAUGUCGACUUCUUUGCUUUAGACAUGAAUCUGACUCUGAGGCAUCCUCAGCUCGGCAAUUCAUUCAGCUGACUUCAGGGUAGCCGGAUGAAUUGGGACCCUGCCGACUCCAGAGAAUGUAUAUAAAUGGAAGUAUGGAAAUCAAUGUAGAUUUUCGCACAUUUUAUUUGUAUAAUCUUGAAGUGUACAUGCCUCACUCCACACCUUGAUACUUUUGGUUUAGGUGAAUUAGAAUAAUCUUAGUAGUAAACAAAGAAUUCACAUGUU